AUGAAGGAAAAGAUUAAGACCCCGUCCCAGCUAAAGAAAGAAUCGACGAGACUGGAAAAACUAGCAAGAUUUCAGGCCAAACAGGAGAAACUAGCUGGUAUGAGAAAUAUGAAACCCAAAGCCAAACAAGAAAGGGCUGCUGCAAAAUCUUUAGUUAUCGACGCACCAAGUGUUGAUAUAAGUGGGAAGAAAGAUGUUUCUGGCAAAAUGCCUGAAUCCUACUCUCCAAAAUAUGUCGAAGCUUUGUGGUACGAUUGGUGGGAGAAAUCGGGUUUUUUUACUCCCGAAUACUGGGCUUCCAGAGGAUCCAAAGAAGGGCCGAGGAAAAAAUUUGUGAUGGUCAUUCCACCGCCCAACGUUACGGGCAAUCUGCACCUGGGCCAUGCGUUGACCAACGCCAUUGAGGACGCCAUAGUGCGGUGGCACCGAAUGCGUGGAACGAUUACUGUCUGGGUGCCCGGCUGCGAUCACGCCGGCAUUGCUACGCAGGUUGUGGUGGAGAAAAAGCUCUGGCGCGAUCGACAGGUCACUCGACACGACAUCGGACGUGAGGCCUUCGUCAAGGAGGUGUGGAAAUGGAAGGAGGAGAAGGGUGAAAAUAUCUACCACCAGAUUCGUGCGCUAGGCAGCUCAUGUGACUGGUCUCGAGCCGCUUUCACCAUGGACCCACAGCUCUCUUGCGCCGUCACGGAGGCCUUUGUGCGUAUGCACGAGGGCGGCCUGAUCUACCGCAAGGAGCGGCUGGUCAACUGGUGUUGCACCCUUCAAUCCGCCAUCUCUGAUAUCGAGGUGGACAAGGUGGAGCUCACUGGACGCACCGCUUUGUCUGUUCCUGGCUAUACCAAACCCGUGGUCUUCGGUGUUCUCACUUCCUUCGCUUAUCCUAUUGCCAACAGUGCUUCGAAUGAAGAGAUAGUAGUUGCAACCACUCGUCUGGAGACAAUGCUGGGCGACACCGGUAUUGCCGUGCAUCCCGAGGACCCGCGAUACUCACAUCUGAUUGGUCGCUACGCUGUGCAUCCGUUUGCAGUGCCAGAACGACGAUUGCCCAUAAUCGCAGACGCCUUUGUGGACCGUGACUUCGGUACGGGUGCUGUCAAACUGACGCCGGCGCACGAUCCCACCGACUAUGAGGUUGGACGGCGUCACAACCUUCCCUUCCUGACGUGUAUUGAUGACAAUGGGAUUAUGACCGAGGUUGCUGGACCCUUUGCUGGAAUGAAGCGGUUUGAGGCUCGUCAUGCUGUCCACCGCGCUCUAUUGGAGCGUGGGCUCUAUCGCGGAGAGUCAGAGAACCCCAUGGUAGUGCCUCUAUGCUCUCGCACUAAGGAUAUUAUCGAGCCGCUGCUCAAGCCCCAGUGGUACGUGCGCUGCACCGAGUUGGCUGCGCGAGCUGUAGAGGAGGUGCGUUGCGGUCGACUAGGCAUCACGCCAACAGCAUACGUUAACACCUGGUACGCCUGGCUUCGGGAUUGUCGUGAUUGGUGCAUCUCGCGGCAGCUCUGGUGGGGUCACCGCGUACCGGCGUACAGGGUCUCUCUGAGGUCUAGGGAUACGGGGGAGUUUCAAUCGCUCGAUGCUUCGAACAACAACUCCUGGGUAGUCGGUCGCAACGAAGCAGAGGCCAUGGCCCAUGCUAAGGCCCGUUUUCACGUAUCUGCUGCCGAUGCUGCGACCACCAUCCGUCUGGAGCGGGACGAGGAUGUCCUAGACACCUGGUUCUCCUCCGCUCUAUUCCCCUUCUCCGUCUUUGGAUGGCCGGACACCACAGCGCCCGACCUGUCACUCUACUACCCUGGUAGCCUUCUCGAAACCGGACAUGACAUCCUCUUCUUCUGGGUAGCACGUAUGGUCAUGGCUGGUCUCUUCCUCACCGACCGUCUGCCAUUCACCCAGGUCUACCUCCACGCAAUGGUGCGCGAUGCCCAUGGCAAGAAGAUGUCCAAGUCACUGGGCAAUGCUAUUGACCCAGUAGAUGUGAUUAAUGGCAUCUCCUUACCUGAUCUGCAGGCAAAACUGUUAAGGGGUAAUUUGGAUCCCUUGGAGCUGAAGAGGGCGACAGCAGCACAGGCAAAGGACUUUCCCCAAGGCAUUCCGGAGUGCGGAACAGAUGCGCUGCGGUUUGCUUUGGUUUCAUAUCCCACUCGCGGGAGGAGCAUCAAUCUGAAUAUUAUGAGGGUACAAGGAUACCGGUUCUUCUGUAACAAGCUGUGGAAUGCGGUUAGAUACGCGAUGUACCACUGCCUUGGCGAGGACUACACACCGCCAACUUCAGCGUCAGCUCUGGUUCCCACCGCUGCGUCGCUCUCGGGCACUGAUCGAUGGAUCCUCGGACGCCUCGCUUUUGCUGUGGAGGAGAGCAAUUCGGGGUUUUCAAACUACGUCUUCCCUCGUGCUACCACUGCUUGCUACAACUUCUGGCUCUACGAGUUCUGUGAUGUCUAUCUGGAGUACUCCAAACCACUGGUGAAGUCCACGCAGGGGAUGGAUUCGAAACGUGCCGGGACGGUUCGUCACAUAGUCUAUACUUGCCUGGAUGUGGGUCUGCGUCUCCUGCAUCCCUUCAUGCCCUAUGUCACAGAGGAGCUCUUCCAGCGUCUGCCUCGUCGAAAUCCCACAAUCGACCCGCCUUCCAUCUGCGUCACCCCUUACCCCAAUUUGGAAGAGGUGUCUAGGUGGAAGACGAUUGAGACCUCUGAAGCGGUCGGUUUUCAGCUAGCCUUUAGCCUGGUGCAUCGACUACGCUCCCUCUACUCCACCUACAAUCUCCGUGUCCGCAGUAAUGACAUCCCCGAAGCUGCAUUGGUCGCUCCGGAGGCUACUCUUUCCGCUCUUUGCGCUGGCACUUUCCUGGAUGACCUUGUGGGGCCUCUCGGAAAGUGCCGGGUGGUUGCUACGGCUACGGAUAAAUCCCAGAUUAACACCUCUGGCUGCAUAAUGAUGACAGUGUCAGAAAUAGACGCGCACGUCGUUCAGUCACCAGUCGGUGAUGAGUCAGCGGAGGUGGAGCCCGAAGCGGAGGAGGGAGUAGAGAAAGAGUUGGAGAAAUCGGCUUCUGCAGCAGUAGGGGCGAUGAUUUCGGAGGGCAAUUCGGUGGCCACUUGCCAGCUUUACCUCCGACUCGUUGGACGUAUCGAUGCGAGGGCUGAGAAGGUGAGAGCAGAGCAGCGAUUGGCUCAAAUCUGCAAAUCCAUCACGACCCUGGAGGAGGCACGGGCACGCCCCCAAUACGCACAAAAGGUGCCACUAGCUAAACAGACUUUGGAUGCACAGAAGCUUCAGACACUCCAGGUUGAGUUAAACGCAUUAGCCGAGGUGAUUGAAAGCCUUCGUUCACUGGAUGUGGCGGUGACGCCGGCAUUGACAGGGAUACCAUCGGCUACAACAUUGGUGGAAGAACAUCCUCUGCUCCGCCUGAUCUGGCUCUGCUUUGGCACCGAUGGUGCCACCAUUCCUACUGAUCUCUUCGAUCUACAGGCACAGUUAGAGGCGGCUUCCGGGAACGUACUUCGCCACGCUGAGCCAGCCACGGUCGCCAAGACUAAGCAACUAAUCAGCUGGAGUCUAUCACUUCUGUCCCAAGGAAAGGGGAAGAAUAGAGACAAGAGGCUAGAUGACUGGUGUUCUUUCUGUGAGCAUCUCGUAGACAGCGGGCACACCUUCCUCGCGGAUGAUCAUCUCGGAUCUGCGGACAUUGUCGUUGCCUUCGUCGCUCAUCGCCUCGGCAUCAUCUUUACUUCUCCCACUGCGCGUCGCUGGCUUCGUUCAAUUUACCAGCAUCACCUUCUGAGGACCAAUCAAAAGAUCGAGGAAUUUCUGAAGACGGUGGACUAA